GCGGCCUCGCUUUCCGUUUUAGUCAAAGUUGACAACAAAGUGGACUAGAAAAAAUAAUCAAGGCGAGGUUAUGAGUGGGUUCGACUUACUUUUCCCACUGACGGGAAGCCGAUUAAGGCCACACGUGCAUCCCCGCUUUUUAAAACGUCGAAGCCUUCACCUUUUUCCGAUUUUUUCGAGGGUUCGAGGAGCUGGGAACGGUAUUUAGCAAGUUUAGCUUUCAGCAGCCCCAAAUGGUACUCGGUGGCUAAAAAAAACCUGAAUAUAGCCAGAAAAAAAUGCAAAAUGGUACUGAUACCUUUAUUCUUUUGUGUUCGAGAGAUUUCCUUCUCGAUUUCCGAGAUUUUUUCCAAGAUUCCCAUUUUCUAGCACACGAUAUUCCGGUUUGACGUUUGACACAUGACGAUUGGCACCACUGAUUGCUAUAAAUAUAACCUCACUUUUUUAUAUUAUUAUUUUUCUAUUUUGAACAAUAGUGUAAUAAAAUGGGGCGCAAAAUUCCAGGUCGUAAACACCGAGGGGUUCGCGACCCUGAGAAACAACGCGCGGAGCGUGAAAAAAGUCUUAAAGAUAAAAUAAACGCGCCCCCGAGCAACCCGGAUGAGCAAUACGUGCCUAAGAGUCUUCAACGCAUCGCUGAACUUCAGGCUAAGGUAAAAAGUGGCGAUUUUAUGCGCAAAAAGAAGAAGAAACCGCGCCCCAAGGGACUUUUCGAACAGAGGCCGGAUGAGUCAAAUAGAGAGUUUUUGUAUCGGGUUCACCAACAUUGUGCAAUUGUUAAACACGAGGCAGCCUUUGAGCAAAAAUUUGGGGUGGAAAUUGAAAAAAAUGCGGAGGGGGAGAUACAAGGGGUUAAAAAACGGCCGAAAGAUCCCAUUCUAGUGAUGAUAAAAGAAGCAAAACGCGGAAAAAAGAAGAAAGACGAAGGGCCAAAGUUAACAAAGUCGCAAAAGAGAAGAUUGAAGCUGAUUGAGAAGAAGAAAAAGAAAAUGGGUCACAAAGUUGAUGAGUUUGAUAGGUUUCAAGAUAAAGUUAAGUUUGGGGAACAGGUGCAUGAACCCCCGACACUUACUGCGCCCAGGAAGGUGAAAAAAGGGGGCGAAGCCCCGAGGCCCGGUACAAAAGACUUACUAUUGAAGUCAGUCCUGAAUAAAACUGUUGAUAAAACUGGAAAAAGAAAAGAUCUGCCGAAUGCACUAAGGAGACAACUUGAUAAACAGCAGCAGGAAGUGAUUGAAGCUUACAGAUUACUGAAAGGCAAAAAAAGUUAACUGUAACUAUUUUAUUAACAAAAAUAGAAAAAACUUAUGAAAGUACAUUUUGUUUAAAUAAAAAAAAAACAUU